AUGUCCAAGCGGUCCGCCUCUGUCCAGACUGCUGCCGUUUACGAUUCCGGUCAUCAGGCCGAGAAGUCGCAGCUAAAAUCUUCUGGCUUCGGACCGAAGGAUAUGGAACUGACUCGGCAGUGGGAGGUUUCUCCAGAUCGCGGGAACUGCGAGGAUUCCUCAGAAAUCCAGCUCGAAGAUCACUCGUGGGGCGAAAUUGUUGUGCAAGGCACGAGAGAUUGCCAGGAUGUUCGGACCAAGACGACUGACCCCGCAGACCACCAGUGCACCGUGGCGGCGACGCCCCGUCAAAAUCCCCCCACAGUGAUGUGUCCCGUUCGUCAGGAUGCUGGAGUCGACGGCAACAUAUCCAACCAGAUGCAGAUGCAGUUGCCGCAUUCUCGGCAGGUUCGCGUCGAGGCACUGCAUGCCGAAUCAUCAGCAGAGCAGACACAGAUGCACGUCGCUGCUCCACUGGUGCAUGGCUUAUCCAGCCGGACGCCUGCGGCAUGCGGACGCGACAAGGCAGUUUCGGUAAAGCUUGCCCAAAAUAGACCUGGACAUGACCUUGCCUUUAGACCUCAUCGUGUGCCUGACCAUCAGUGUGGCUUGUAUGAUGUGUCGGUCAUACAGGCACUCCGGCGGAAGGCCACCCGAAAAGCUGGAAGCACGAUCGAACCACGCGCUUUAAUCUUGGAUGACAGCCGUGAGCUGCUCGACACUCCAGGCUCACACAGAGCUCAGGAUGACGAUGCGCAGGACCCCACGUCACCCGCGGAAACGGUAGGUUUCGAUGAGCCCAGAGCGGCUACCCAGAAUACACUGGAAGCUGCACCCGAAGAACGGCCGUUCGAGUCACCGCAUGAGAACGUAGAUCACCAACUCGUCAUGUCGCCCAGUCCGGCCACUGAGGGAUGUGUUCCGGAGCCACGCAACGAAAUGCGGAGCCCUGAUCAGAGCCCGAGCGGUUGCGGAGAGCGUGAGGAGGAUGGAUGCUCACUGGCCUACCCACAAGCAGAGGCGCAGACAGAGCCGAAAGAGGUUGCAUCAGACUCCGAUGCGCCGGUUGCAUCUCCGCUCUCCCGAGCUUCUGUCGUCACGCAAGAACUUCCUCCUUUACCCGCAUAUCGUCCGCUGCCACGCCUGGAAGCCACCGAGAGUGGCAUUCCCUCAACACGGCCGCCACGACCAUUGGCCAAGGAGUUGGAGGAGCGGUUCUAUGGAAGCCUGCAGGUCUUGGACAGCGUGCAAGAGCACCUCUCUGUUGUUGACCUCUUGGCCUCCCAGCGAGCGCUUCAGCAAGAGCAGAGAUCCGCACUGGAAAAGGCUCUUGAAGAGGAGCGGCAAGCUCUCCUUGAGGCGCAGGCUUCGCAGGAACGGCAUCUUCAACAGGCCCUUGACUGGCUAGAAAAGCAGCGGACUGAGCAAUUAGCGGCGCUCUUGCAGCAGGCGCAGUCUUCCGAGCUCGAGCUCGCUCGGCGGAGAGCAGCCUUCGACGAGGAAUUGGCAGCCAAGGAAAAGCUGCGCCAGGAGGCAGACGCCUUUGAGAGGGAGACCCUGCAGCGCGAGAGAGAGGAGCUCGAGAAGCAGAAGGCACUUCUCUUCGCACUGAGCCUUCAGCGGAAUUACGAGGACCAAGAGGAGAUGGUUCGCCAAUGGACUCUGCUGGAGAAGGAAAGAGAUGAAGCAAACCAGGAAAGGCAUGUGAAUGACCUGCAGCGUGAAGCUAUUCAGCGGGAGAGGGAGCGAUUGCUCGAAGAGGGUGCCAGAUUGCAGGAGAACAGGCUGGCCUGGCAGGGUGCCAUGCAAGAAGCAGACCUACAGCGACAGCAUGGUGAGAUCCAACAUGGCCUGCUUGAAACUAAGCGGCUAGAGGAUGAACAGCGCCUGAUGUUCGACUCUGCUCGGGAGUCUGCUCGCAAGGAAGCAGAGGAAGUUCACAGAGCAGCUGAGAUUCAACGGCAGGCUGAUGCUCUGGAACACCAGAAAGAAGUGUCGGAGCUGAAGGAACAGAUGGCCGUUCUGCGAGUUGAGCUGAGCCACAGAGAACAAGCCGCGGAGCCACAGCAACUUGACCUGCAUCACGUCCUAGACCAGCUGCUUCAGCGGUUCCGACCGGCCGAGUCACAAUCGAGCUCUAGCGAGGAGAAGGAGAGGGAAAGGAGGGACGAAGAAAUGAAGCAAUUGCACGAGGCACGCCGGCAGGAACAAGCCGAAGUCGCUGACCUGAAGGCCGAAGUGCGACGGUUGCACGUGGAGUUGAGGAAACCCCCUGAGGCGGUCGAGAUGCAAAUGCCGCAGGAGCUUCUCCAAACAUUACAGGCGCUUGUGCAAAGGCUUCCGAUGCAAGCAGAGGAGACGGGCAAGGAGGCCAUCACUAAGGAAGAAGGGGGCAAAGCAGUUGCAACAAGAGCCCAGGAGGGGAGGGUAGCAAAAGACCGGGAAAAGGAGGAGGAGCGUCUGGCUGCAGCCAGGGAAGCUGCAGCAAAACAAGCUGAAGACGAGCGAGCCGCAGAAGAAGCUCGGAAGACAGAGGAUCAACGCCUGGCCGCAGCAGCUAAAAGAGCUGAAGAGGAGCGCAUGGCAGCGGAAGAAGCCCGGAAGAAGGAGGAGCAGCGCUUAGCCCAAGAGGUGGCUGCCAAAGAAGCAGCGGAGAAGGAAGAGGAGCAGCGACUGGCCGCAACCAGGGAAGCCGCAGCUGAGCAAGCCGAACAGGAGCGCGUGGCAGCGGAAGAAGGUCGGAAGAAGGAGGAGCAUCGCUUAGCCCAAGAGGUGACUGCCAAAGAAGCAGCGGAGAAGGAAGAGGAGCAGCGACUGGCCGCAACCAGGGAAGCCGCAGCUGAGCAAGCCGAACAGGAGCGCGUGGCAGCGGAAGAAGGUCGGAAGAAGGAGGAGCAGCGCUUAGCCCAAGAGGUGGCUGCCAAGGAGGCAGCGGAGAUGGAAGAGGAGCAGCGCCUGGCCGCAGCCAAGGAAGCCGCAGCUGAGCAAGCCGAACAGGAGCGCGUGGCAGCGGAAGAAGGUCGGAAGAAGGAGGAGCAGCGCUUAGCACAAGAGGUUGCUGCCAAAGAAGCAGCAGAGAACGAAGAGGAGCAGCGCCUGGCCGCAGCCAAGGAAGCCGCAGCUGAGCUAGCUGAACAGGAGCGCGUGGCAGCGGAGGCAGACCGCAAGAAGGAGGAGCAGCGCUUAGCCCAAGAGGUGGCUGCCAAAGAAGCAGCGGAGAAGGAAGAGGAGCAGCGCAUGGAAGCCGCGGCUGAGCAAGCUGAACAGGAGCGCAUGGCAGCGGAGGCAGAGCGGAAGAAGGAGGAGCAGCGCUUAGCGCAAGAAGUGGCUGCCAAAGAAGCAGCGGAGAAGGAAGAGGAGCAGCGACUGGCCGCAACCAGGGAAGCCGCAGCUGAGCAAGCCGAACAGGAGCGCGUGGCAGCGGAAGAAGGUCGGAAGAAGGAGGAGCAUCGCUUAGCCCAAGAGGUGACUGCCAAAGAAGCAGCGGAGAAGGAAGAGGAGCAGCGACUGGCCGCAACCAGGGAAGCCGCAGCUGAGCAAGCCGAACACGAGCGCAUGGCAGCGGAAGAAGGUCGGAAGAAGGAGGAGCAGCGCUUAGCCCAAGAGGUGGCUGCCAAGGAAGCAGCGGAGAACGAAGAGGAGCAGCGCCUGGCCGCAGCCAAGGAAGCCGCAGCUGAGCUAGCUGAACAGGAGCGCGUGGCAGCGGAGGCAAACCGGAAGAAGGAGGAGCAGCGCUUAGCCCAAGAGGUGGCUGCCAAGGAGGCAGCGGAGAAGGAAGAGGAGCAGCGACUGGCCGCAACCAGGGAAGCCGCGGCUGAGCAAGCUGAACAGGAGCGCGUGGCAGGAGAGGCAGAUCGGAAGAAGGAGGAGCAGCGCUUAGCCCAAGAGGUGGCUGCCAAAGAAGCAGCAGCGAACGAAGAGGAGCAGCGCCUAACCGCAGCCAAGGAAGCCGCAGCUAAACAAGCUGAAGAGGAGCGCCUGGCAGCGGAAGAAGCCCGGAAGCAGGAGGAGCAGCGCUUAGCCCAAGAGGUGACUGCCAAGGAGGAGCAGAAGCUGCGCUUGGCUCGACAGGCAGGCGUCAUGUCCACGGAACGGGCAGAUGCCGUUACGGAAGAGUUGCUGAACCAAGUGACGGCAGAGGCCGUUCUCGAGCAGCACGAGGCAAGGCAGGCAAGGAGAAGGGCGGCUCAGCAGUCUACUCCGGAAGCGUCGAGUGGGGCUACCGGCGGAGACACAGUCGACACCAUCACGGACGAAGUGCUGCAGCUGCUCAUGCAGGAGCUGGCAGACGAGUUGAUGCCCAGUGAGGGAGAUGCUGGACAGCCUGGGGUGGAGCUGCAGUCAAAAAGAACUGUCGAAAGGGGUGGGUACUGCGGACGAGCAGAGCGGACCACACAAAGAUAUGCACGUCAGUGUGAGGCAGUGGUAAAGAUUUGCCAGAAGUGGGGAUGGCCUUUCAACGCAGAAGAGUCCUACCUGGACGAAGCGAUCGGAUACCCACUGGCCAUGAUCGGCUUCUACUUCCAGUUAACGCACUUCUUUGCGCUGCUGCCCUUCCCUCUGGACUGGAUACUUUGGCCCCUGACUGUUUUGGAGAACUUGCUGGAGCUACAGAUCAGCUGGUGA